AUGGCUGCCCUAGUGCGUCUUCUUGUGAUUCUAAUGGCAACACUUCAAACAACAGGUCCUCUCUCGGUAGGCGUCUGCUACGGACUGCUAGGUGACGAUCUUCCACCCGCAAAAGAAGUCAUCGCCCUCUACGAAUCCCGCCGCAUCCGUUUGAUGCGACUCUACGACCCCAACCCCGACGCCCUCCGCGCCCUCGCCGGCUCCUCCAUCCAGCUCCUCCUUGGCGUCCCAAACUCCGACCUCCAAUCCCUCGCCUCCGCCCCCGCCAACGCCCACUCCUGGGUCCAAACCAACCUCAAAUCCCACACCACCGUCAGCUUCCGCUACAUCGCCGUCGGAAACGAAGUCAGCCCAAUCGCCGGCUCCCCCACCGCCGACCUCUCCCAGUACGUCCUCCCCGCCAUGCAAAACAUAAACGCCGCCAUCAAGUCCGCCGGCCUCGGGAACCGCCGUAUCAAGGUGUCAACGGCCAUCGACAUGACGCUCCUCGGGAACUCCUACCCUCCCUCGGCCGGCGCCUUCCGCGACGACGUGAGGGCCUACAUGGACCCCAUCAUAGAGUUCCUAACACAAGAGAAGGGCCCACUGCUGGCCAACGUGUACCCUUAUUUUAGCCACGCCGGGAACCCGACGGACAUUCCCCUGCCGUACGCGCUGUUCACGGCGCCGGCCACUGUUGUCCGGGACCAGGAAUGCGAGUACCGGAACCUGUUCGACGCAAUGGUGGAUGCGGUGUACUCGGCGCUGGAGAGGGCGGGGGGAGGAGCGGUGGAGGUGGUGGUUUCGGAGAGCGGGUGGCCGUCGGGGGGCGGGGUGGCGACCACGGUGGAGAAUGCGAGGAUUUAUAACACGAACUUGGCGAGUCACGUGAGCAGAGGGACGCCGAAACGGCCGGGAAAGGGAAUAGAGACGUACCUGUUUGCGAUGUUUGAUGAGAAUGAGAAGGAGCCAGAGGUGGAGAAGCACUGGGGUUUGUUCUUCCCCACCAUGCGCCAGAAAUAUUCUUUGGAUUUCUUUGGGAGGGCCACUGCGGGCCUUUCUGCUUCUGCAAAUGUUAAUUCAUCAUCAAUUAAUUUGCGGUGAUAUAUGAAAAAAAAUAAAAUAAGAAGAAUACUCACAAAUCGAAAAAAAUAAAAAAAGUUAAUUUUUUUUUGAGUUGACUCGUGAGUCGCUCUCAUCCAAUGGAAAUACUGGACUUUCUCAAACGACAAGGAGACAAUGUUCGGUGACAAUGUUGUUGAAUAAACAUUGUGACUCUACAUUAAUUUUUU